UUUUGCAAGAAAAUUGCAUUAAAAUAUAAAAAGGCUAUCAUUGAUUAUUCCAAAAUUUUUGCCCAACUCCGUAAAUUUUCCUUAACAUCGGCUCAAAAAACGACAAAUCCCCCACAAGACAAAAAUUAUAAGCCAAUAAACAUUGUUUUAUCAGGACCCGAUAGAAAAUUAACUUUCCCCUUCGUAUCACAGCAACCAGUCAAGGGUGGUGGUAAACUUAAAAUGGCUAGACAAUAUUCACAGGAAUCACAGUCAUCAUAUGGUACAAAAUGCUAUUUAAGCCAAUCAGAAGCUAAAAAAUUAGACGAAGAAUUGAUGGGGGAAUACGCGUAUACGUUGGAACAAUUGAUGGAAUUAGCUGGUCUAAGCUGCGCCGAAGCCAUAUUGUCAUGUUACCCUUUAAGCCAGUUGAGCAAAGGAGGUCUUGUACUGGUGUGUUGUGGACCGGGAAAUAAUGGAGGAGAUGGACUGGUUUGCGCCAGACAUUUAAGAUUAUUUGGUUACAAACCAUCCGUUUAUUACCCCGUGCAGUCUAAUAACAAAUUUUUCUCCUCUCUCAAAACUCAAAUAGCCAAGCUAGACAUUCCUUUCCUUUCCUAUCUUCCUCGCGAACAUUUUCUCAUCGAAUCCGGUUUCGACUUUGUUGUGGACGCCCUUUUCGGUUUCGGGUUUUCGGCCAAAACGCCAAAAAUUGGGGAACCCGCUGUUUCGCCCCAUACGAAUAGCAUGUUCAGGCCUCCUUUCGAUGACGUCAUAGGCAAGAUAGCGGCCCUCAAGAUCCCGGUCAUCAGUCUCGACGUUCCUUCGGGUUGGGACGUGGACGGAAGAACAUCGCCAUCCAGUUUAGGCGCUUACUGCAUUCGGCCCGACGCCCUCGUUUCGUUGACGGCCCCGAAAGAAUGCUCAAAAUAUUUUAAGGGAAGAUACCACUUUUUAGGAGGACGCUUCUUACCGCCAAGCCUGAAAUGCAAAUGCGACCUAAAAUUACCGGAUUUUCCUGGAGGAAGCCAAUGCGUCGAUCUAAACGAAUUCUUAGCCAAUAACACAUGAUGCUAAUAAAUUAUAAUCUUCCAAUAUUCCCACCCCCCAUUCCAUUUUAUUUUUUUCUUUUAUCCACUUUUGUUUUUUGGUAUGACAAAAUGUUAAAGGACAUUUACAUUUUAAAGUAAUCUUCCAUUUUUAAAAAAAAAAAAAUUUAUUGUAAAGUUUUAAAAUUCUUUUCUAUUCAUUCUUCUUUAUAUAAAACUUUAUAAUUUUGUUCUUAAUUAUUCUCACAGCAUAAUAGGUGCCCUUCUUCCUGACAUUUUUGUCAAAUUUCAAAGGGUUCUUAAAUAUUAGAAUAUAUUUAUUUAUCAAUUUUUAAAAUCAAAUUAUUUAUAAAAACGCUAAACACGAUAAAAAUAAAU